GUCACCACCGUUCGAUAACUAAUACAAGCCAUGGCAGUUCUCAUCUCAACCACUCCUGUCACUUCGCAAGGCCACAAUGGCUGGUGUGCGAGGUAAGAAGCGCAAAUUAACCGAAUAUACUGGACGUCGACCACCUGGAGGCCCGUCCAAGAAGCGCGCUACUGGCACCCAUCCUCGCGGUAGAAACGUAGACUACGAUAAGGAAUACAAAGUUCGGUCUAUUGUCGGCGAGAACGCAACACAGUAUCAUAUUGACUGGGAGCCGGACGAGGAGUCUGGUGAAGUCUACGAGCCGACCUGGGAGCCUAAGGAGAACGCGAAUCAGCUUGCGAUCGACGAGUGGGAGGCUAUCAAAGCUGCAGCUGCUGCUAAUCAGAGCGCGGAGCAAGCAGCUGCUGGAAGUGACACUGCUGCACCCCCAAGACGGACAAGGAAGAUAAUCGAAAGCUCACCUCCACCUCCAUCUGAAAACCCUCAGGAAUCAGGUACCACUACUGCCGCUGCCGCUUCUGCAGACGAGCAACUCCAUCAGGAUCUCGAGGCUGUUGCCGGUGCGACUGAGCCUGUGCCUGAGAUUGAAGAGAGUCAACAGACUGAAGCCGAAAACCGUGACACUCCUUCUCUGAAAGCACUAAUCAAAGAAGGAUUUGUUGCGCGAUCAAGUCCCCCGUCCAGCUAUCUUGCUGGAGAAUACCAGCGGAUUGUCUCCCGGCCUGCAAGCAGAGACGAGGAUCCAAGACCAUCACAAUCCUCACCAUCACCAGCACUUGGUAUUUCGAGUUUUCAUCAGGCUUCGACUGUGCCACCAGAAGACUCCACACAAAAAAGCACGAAUAGCACGAGUUUGGUCAUUCCAGAUUCGCAAAGUCAAGGCGCUAUCCUUGAGGAGUCAACUUUCAAAGAGUUCUCUCCUACGCAGCGCUCUCCGAAAUCGCAAUUAUAUCAAGAAUAUCC